CAGUAAGAUGGUGCUGACAGACGGGUGCAUGUAUUUUGCUACACCCGCAAUAACGUAUGUAACCAAUAAAGUAUUUUAAAUAGGCUGUAACUAGGGCCCAAUGCUUCUAAUGGUUAUAACACAUGGACAGUCAGUACUCCUGUCUGGAACUAUGAUUCAAUGAAGAGUACCAAUUUUUAAGUCAUGCUUACUGGAUUAGUCUCUUGCAGUAAAUUUCCCACAACAACUAAAGCCAUAUUGACUGAUUUACACUUCUGUAACGUUAAAGGUAUGCAUAGUAUAUGACUGACAGAUUAAUUUGCUGAAGUCUAAUUGAAACACUUUAUCAACAUUGCUAUUUUCAACAGCCCAGUCAUUACACUUGACCCCCCUUUCCAUGUCCUGUUUACGAGAAGGUUCUCCCCCUUCAGUGGUGCGUGACCAGUGGCUGUCAUGCAUCUUGAAUGGUGAGCAUCUGGGAGCUGGAGGGGUUAAGUUCAAAAGUGGUGGUGGGGGGGGGUCUAAUAGGCUGUGGGUGAAAACAGAAUCUGUGGUUACUGUCAUGGCUGGCAGUAUGAGCUGCGUCCAGUGCUUGUGACAGGAUUGUAGGAGGGUCCCGCCUCUUAGGGUCACUCAUCCAAUUCUAGAACUUGACCUGUCAGGUGACUGAACCAAAAAUAGCCCUGCAGAGAGUAUAUAGAGGUCUAUACGCAGGCCCUGGAUUUCAGAACAGGACUUGCCCCGCUGUCUGAAACAUACAGGACACUCACUGCACCACGAGAGCCGUUGACAAGAGGAAAGGCCUUUUUUGAAGGACAUAUCUUAAUUCAAUAAUUUCACUGCCUUUUGCUUUAUAAUUUUACCAUUGAAAAAGGCUUGAAGAUUUUAAACAACAUUUUUUUUUUUUCUUUGAGCAAGACUGAACUUUUAUAAGGAUGAAGUACUACCAGGACCCAGUCUGCCAGUCCAUGGGCAUCCAGGCUUAUGGCCCCAAGGAGUCCAGCAGCUCCUCUUGCGCCCACUCUUCUCCACAGAUCAAACCAGUCCGCAGCGUCCACUUCCCCAACGACAUUGUGUUCCAGGACUACGUCCGGCAGGGCGAGCUGGACAGGAUUGGACUAUUCAUCAGAAAGAGGAGGGUCAGCUUGGAAACCAUCUACCACUCUGGUAUGGCAGCGAUCCAUGAGGCUGUCCUCUCUGGGAACCUGGAGUGUGUGAAGCUGCUGGUGAAGCACGGAGCAGACGUCCACCAGAGAGACGAGGAGGGCUGGACACCUCUCCACAUGGCCUGCAGUGAUGGAUUCCCUGACAUUGCCAAGUACCUGCUUUCUAUUGGCGCAGACCCUCAGGCGGAGAACGAGUGUGGGGAGACACCUGCCGAUCUCAUCGACCCAGAGUGCACCGGGGUUCGUGAGCUGCAGGGGCUGCUUGGGGUGGAGGACGACGGAGCUCUCAUCUAACCUUAAAACGUCACUGAAACUUCAGUCACCUUCCUCGCCCAGGCCUCCCGGUUGACCCUCCACAAUGGAAUGAAAUGGGCAGAUCAGCAGAACAUCGUCAUUCUGUGCCCUCAUUGUAGACGUCCUGGAGACAUAUCUGGUCUGGUGGGAGGAAGGCUGCCAGCCAAUACUAGAUGGUUGCCUUUGAGAGUGAACUGAACUGUUGCUGGAAAGGGGCUCCUCCCAGGCAAUCUCAGCAGGCAUCGCUUUGUAAUGCUGUUUGCAGGUGCAGAAGUUAGUUUGAGCUUUUGUACUUUUUUUUAUGGAGGGUGAACAGCACUGGAAUUAAUUAGGUAACAGUAUGGUAAUGAGCUUUUCCAAUUAAUUUAUAGUUGAUGUGUGAAAGCUUUUUUGGAAGUUGUGAAACAUGGAUCUGUGGUUGUCCUCUUGACUCGUAGGGCCACUCUGCAGUAAACCAAUGUGAUAGGUCAACUCUACCUACUGACAUCAUUUAUAGUUCAAGAUUUGUCAUUUACACCCUACAGCUUUUCAAUUUGAAACAAAGACCGUGCAUACUGCAUGUACUCUUGUACCACAUGAAUGUUGUUAGUCUAACGCUUUACCUCUAUACUUUUUUAAACAUUCUAUACUUUUGCAAACACCACUGGAAUGGCUAAUUGUGUGUUUACAAUUGCUUUUACAAUCAUUUGUAACAAACUGUGUGCAAUCAAUUGUGGUUACACCGCUUUGUAAAUAAUUGCCUUUUUAUAAAUUUUUUCAUUAAAAUUGUUUCAUACAAAAGUAA